GACGUUACCCCGUACCUUUCAGCGUCUUCAAACGUCUGAAUCAUCCGUGUUAGUGUGAACGGUUGGUUCCAGGCGAACACGCUGCGAAAACGAUUCGAACGAUAGUGUGGACGCGAAUCAAGUGAUGCGUUUUAGGCGAAAGAAAUCCGUUUUAGGCGAAAGGAAUCCGUGUUAGUGUGAACGACCCCUCAAAGCCUUAUAAGACAAAUGAAAAUUCGAAACUGGGUAAUAAAGUGCGUAAUGGUGCCGAAUGAAGGGAACAGAAGACGAACAUUACCACUGGUUCCCCCGAAACCGUCGCGAAAAGAUGUCCAUCUUACACGAAAAAUCGUAGAAAAAUCUGAAAAUGCCCGACUGAAAGAUGAAGAUUUGGAGACGAAGCUUCGAGAUCGGCGCGUGAAGUCAGGUGAAGAUGGGGACUUAAACGACCACGAAUAUAGAACAAGAUUAUUUAUGAUUAAUUCAAGGUCUCAGCCAUUUAUAAGCGUUUGGAAGAGAUUCGAGAAAGAAAAUGCGCCAGGAUUACCUCCGAGCCUGCUUGGAAGCCAAAGCAAAAGCAGCAAAGAGCUUGAUGCAACGCUCGAUUACCUGCAGGACGAAUUGAGGGCGAUCAAGGCGCAGCUAAAAGAAACCGAAAGAGGGUUUGUGGAAAUACGGGAAAAAGCAAACACGAUAAAAUAUGACCUUCAAGAGUUGAGGGAGCUGGGAUGUUUGACGAAUGAGAUGCAGUGACUCCUUUUUUACUUUUAAUCAUCGCCCAAUAGAAUAUUUGAUUUUAGUGAUAGAAAUAUUCCCUAGGGGAUAUAAUACUGAUUCGCCUUGUUACUCCCUUUACGCAAUCAAGCACGGAAUUACGGAUGUGUCUUUUAGCCUUAUCCUAACUUCUCACGGUGGGGAGUGGUACAUUUUAUUGGGUGGAAAAUAAUACAUUUUUUUUUUGUGCUGGGUAUAAGAACAAGCUUUCGAAGUGGAUGGAAUGGUGGAAACGGGUAUAAUCUUCAUUAAAAAAAAAAAAAAAAAAACACCUCAAACAGUAAAUAUACUUUGUUUUAUUUUAACCCCAUUUCUGCUGCUUGAAAUAAUGGUAAUGAACGAUGGAUGGUGUAGUGUAUAUGGAUUGACAGAUAUCCCAUGAUCACCAUUCCUUCUAUUGUUAAUAUUAUUUGGUAUGAUCCAAAUCCAUUGUCACUCGUCCAACAAGUUUUUUUCCUAUCUCAUUCAGAGCCCACGUACCUUUGUACAAGUGGUACGUGGACUCUGAAAACGAGAUUGGUAUUGUCCGCGAGUGUAGGUCACGUGUCUCAAGCAAAGAGAGAAAAUGGCUCUUUUUGAAGUCAAUUUACUAGGCAAUUCGACCAACACAGCUAACAAAUAGCCGCGAAGGAACGUCAUAAACGGUUUUGAUUCGCUCUCGCUUGGUGGAUCAUAAGACAACAGAAAUGCGUAGCAUCUCCCAACUUGGUUUUGUUUUCGCCUGCAGUAUUGCCACAGUUUACACAUGGCUUUAUCCUACUUUGCUGUCGCCUUUGCACCUUGGUGUUCCUUCAACACAAGGGACUAUAGUCACUCACAAAAGACGCUUCCCUAGGCUUAUUUUAACCCUUGUCUCACUACAAGUGAGCCCAAUCUUAUGAUUAAAAAUUAUUCACUUAUCGAAAAUAAUUACUACUAUUCGAGAACUCACGAAUUUCCUUACAGAUAAUAAUAUAUAAAUACUACCUUAUUUGUUCUUUGGAGUAAUCUUAACAUAAUCCAUAAAAAGACACAGAAGGUUUGAUUUGCAACGAGUGAAAGAUGCGGCUAAUAGAUGUUGUUUCCGGGAAACAUUAAUUAUUUUCAUUGUAAUUUCCAUCCAUUCGUUUUCUAGAAGUAAACCUUGAGAAAAUGCCAG